CAUUUAUUUACAAUGAUGGCCGCCGACCAAAAAAAAAUUUUGUUUUGCGACAUUUUCUGAUCUUAAACCUUUAUAGAAUCUCAUGGCAUCUUUAGAGAAGUUGCAGAAUGAAAUUCUCCUCAAGGAAGAGGCGUUUCUGAGAGAAGAAAAGGCUAAGCUAAUGGAACAGCUGAACAAGCUGAAGGUGGAAGAAAUGGCCCUUAUGAAGUUAUUAGAGCAAGACAGCGUGAAUCCCCAACAGACAACCAUGGAACUGUUUAGCAAGACUUCUCAAGUGUCUUCAUCAUCCAGCCUUAAGAUUGAUGAAGUCAAUCAUAUCCCACUGCAAGGACUAAAAACCACGGAGAUGAAUAAUGACAUUUAUCAAGGGGAAGAAGAAGAAGAUGAAGAUGAUAUGGAUGAUGAUGAACCUGCUUACAGUCAGCAGUUACUGAAUGCAAUAUCAAAUAUGCAUCAACAAAACAAUAAUGUUGAUCUGGACAUUUCUAGAUCUGUUUUACAGAAUGUACUGCAACAAGAGAUUGAAGGUUUUGAUGACGAUGAUGAGGAAGAAUAUCUGUAUUGAUUGCUCCUGGGAAUAUAUUUCAUGCAUGUUACAAGCUGUGUUACACUGAACAAAGAACUCAGUCACAAUACUACUAGAGACUUCCAUGAUUUUGAAGCAAUGGUUGGAAGAAUUGAUCCAAACCAAGACAAAGCCAAAAAAUAUUUUAUAAAAACAACAGCAACCAUGAUUGUACAUACCAGAUAUAAACAGUAAGUUUGAAAAUUUGUAAAUUGGAAAAUAAACUUCAUUAGUUUCAUCUGCA